UCUUGGUGUCAACUUUGUGUUUAUGAGAGAUGAGAAGCCUCUUAGUUGUUAUUAUCUCUGUGUUAUGUCACUUUCUGCUGAUUUUUGAUUACUCUUCUUCGUAUCCUCUUUGUACUAAUAAGAAGUCACCCUUCAUCACAAACACCACACUGAGUUUCUGUCAAUAUGAAGGUGGUGCUUGUUGCAACUCCAGUGAUGAUAUGCAGAUAAGGAAUGAGUUUAAAGCCAUGAACAUCUCUGAUUCUGGCUGUGCUUCCCUUCUGAAAUCAGUACUUUGUGCGAAAUGUGAUCCAUUUUCCGCAGAGCUAUACAGAGUUGAAUCAGUAACUCGAAAAGUUCCUGUUCUUUGCAACUCAACCAUUUCAGCAGACUCAUCACCGUCAAGGCAUAACUUAACUGACUUUUGUUCAAAUGUUUGGAACAAAUGCCAAAAUGCAUCUUUAGUGAAUUCGCUCUUUGGAUCACAAGGUGGAUCAUCACUUAACUCUACUUCCAAAUUGUCUGAUAUGUGGAAGUCAAAAAACACUUUCUGCAAUACAUUUGGAGGUUCUUCUGAGGCUGGCUCAGUGUGUUUUGAUGGUGAGCCUGUGUCACUAAACAACAGUGGAGUUUCAAGUCCCCCAAGUGGUAUGUGCCUUGAGAAAAUUAGCAAUGGAUCUUAUCUCAACAUGGUAGCUCAUCCUGAUGGAUCGAAUCGAAUAUUCUUAUCCGACCAACCAGGCAAAAUAUGGCUGGCAACUGUCCCAGAAGAAGGAUCAGGAGAAGUAUUGGUGAUUGAUGAACUAAAUCCCUUCCUAGAUUUAACUGAUGAAGUGUUAUCUGAUACUGAGUUUGGGAUGAUGGGAUUAGCUUUUCAUCCAAAAUUUCGAGAGAAUGGCCGUUUCUUUGCCUCAUUUAACUGUGAUAAGGUCAAAUGGCCACAAUGUUCAGGAAGAUGUUCUUGUAACUCAGAUGUGGGAUGUGAUCCAGCUAAGCUGAGCUCUGAUAAUGGAGCAGAACCAUGCAGAUAUCAUAGUGUCGUAGCAGAGUUUAGUGCUAAUGGUACUGGUGCCAAACCACAAGAAGUGAGAAGAAUAUUCACUAUGGGACUUCCAUUUACUUCCCAUCAUGGUGGUCAGAUUCUAUUUGGACCAGAAGAUGGUUACUUAUACUUCAUGAUGGGAGAUGGUGGAGGUAUAGGUGACCCUUACAACUUCUCUCAGAACAAGAAAUCUUUGCUUGGAAAGAUUAUGAGGCUUGACGUAGACAGCAUACCAAGUGCAUCUAAAAUUUCUGAAUUAGACCUAUGGGGAAAUUACACUGUUCCUGUAGACAAUCCAUAUUCACAAGACAAAGAAUUACAGCCUGAAAUUUGGGCUUUGGGAUUUAGAAAUCCUUGGAGAUGUAGUUUUGAUCUAGAAAGGCCUUCUUACUUCCUCUGUGGUGAUGUUGGCCAGGAAGACUUCGAAGAGGUCGAUAUAGUGACCAAGGGAGGAAACUAUGGAUGGCGUGUGUUCGAGGGUCCAUUCCUAUACAAUCCACCAAAGUCUCCUGGAGGAAAUACAUCUUCUAGUGCCAUUAAGCCAAUUUUCCCUGUAAUGGGAUACAAUCACUCUGAGGUCAACAAGGCUGAAGGAUCAGCUUCCAUUACAGGUGGUUACUUUUACCGCUCCAUGACUGAUCCAUGUAUGUAUGGAAGAUACCUUUAUGCAGAUUUAUAUGGUUCUGGUAUGUGGGCAGGAGCAGAAAAUCCAAAAGAUAGUGGGAACUUCACAAGUACUAAAGUUCCAGUGAAUUGUGCUCCGGACUCUCCUAUUCCAUGUAGUGAUGAGUUUGGAAGGUCAGUCUCUGGACUUGGUUUCAUAUUCUCUUUUGGUGAAGAUAACAGGAAAGACAUCUUUAUCUUGUCAAGCAAUGGUCUGUAUAGGGUUGUUAGACCUAGUAGAUGCAGCUACAUAUGCUCAAGUGAGAAUGCUACUACUCCUGUUCGUCCAAGAUCCCCUCCUCAAUCUCCUCAUUCCUCUACCGGUACCCGGUUGAGAAAUUCGAUGUUAGAGCUGCUCUUCUUCUCCAUUACAUCAUUUUUUUUUCUUCGGUUUUUCUUAGUUAUCUAAAGUAUCAUAUCUGUUUGAAACUUGUUCUUUUGGCUUGAAUUGUAUCAUAUUGGAAGGUCAUGGUUUUUUUGUAAAACCAAGUUUCAGAAUACUAAAUAUUUGAUAGAGA